AUGGCAUCCGGAGACGUCAAGGGCGACGACAGUGCAGCACAGGCGAUUUCCAGCUCCAACGUCACGGCAGCGCUUGGCGAGGCUGUGAUCGAUUCGGAAUGGUUGGCGUCCAUAGAUGCGGUCUAUGCCAUCUUUGAAAAGCCUCAAUUGUCUUCUGAGCAUCAGAGGCUGGCAGGGCUGGUCAAAAAGGCAGUGUCCUUGGUCGAGGAGGUCAUCCUCGAGUGCGGGUGAGUGUGCGCAGUCCAGCACACGCACCAAGUUGAGUUCUCAGGUGGUCGUGGACUCGGGCUGACUCGGCUUAAAUGCUCGAUCGCAGCAUCGAGCAGGUAGCGCUAAGCUACAACGGCGGCAAAGAUUGUGAGUUGGGCACAGUAGCUACUGUCAGGCAAAAAGACUCUCACUCAUCACAAACCCCUGCCCUCAACUUGGCAACGCGAUCCUGCACUCUGCAGGUAACGUCCUUAUUCACCUCAUCUGCGCAGUUCUCAGGCGGACAGGGAAGCGCAGAACGGCUCCUUCCUCCAAAUCUGCGUCGCCCAGUCCUUCUCAUCCCCUCCAACCUCUUCCAGCAGUCUACAUCACCUGCGAGUCACCGUUCCAGCAGGUGGAGGAUUUCGUCACUGCGAGCAGGCAGCGGUACAACUUGGACUUGGUCAGGGUUCGAGGAGGCAUGAGGAGCGGGCUGGAAGAUUAUCUGAGCGGCAAAGGACAGAGGAGAGUUGGCUUUGAGACGAGCGACGAGAGGAAUAGCAAUGGGCAUUCGGUCAAGGCAAUCUUUGUGGGGACGAGGCGGACAGAUCCACAUGGUAGUGAGUGUCUUCAUCUGCUGAGAGAAGCGCAACGUCGAGUGAGCAAAGAUUCAUGUCAAAGCGUAUCUCCUUGCAGACACAUUGACGGAUCGCAAGCCAACGGAUCCAGGCUGGCCUCAAGUGGAGAGGGUGCAUCCCAUACUCGAUUGGAAAUACGCAGACGUUUGGACUUUUCUGAGGUGUCCUCUGUUUGGCAAGGGUGGAGCCGGUUUGACGCAGCAAGAACGAGAUCGAACAGCUACAGCAAACGCUAUAGGCGUGCCGUAUUGCGUCCUCUAUGAUGAAGGGUGGGUGUGGGGAUUGUGAAUGAAGACCGACUGCGACCCAGCUACUCGUGCCUUGACAGCUAAUCGAACACGCUCAUUGCCCGUACACAGGUACACAUCACUCGGCAGCACUUUCAAUACCUUUCCCAAUCCCGUCUUGAGAGAUGCGAAUAGCGGAACGUGGAGGCCGGCGCACGAGCUACAAGACGAAGCGCUCGAGCGGGCUGGCAGACAAUCCCAAGCUCCAUUGAGCGUGUAG